UUACAUUUUCCUUCAACAACAACUCUACAUUUUUACCCUUCUAUCUGAAAAGCCACACUAUAUAAACAUGCCAUGUCCGCCUUUUUUUCUCUCUCUCUCCCCUCUCAAAUCUUAAAAAGACAUCCAUUUUAAUUUUUUUAAAUUUUAAAAAUAUUUUAUCUUUCUCUUCCAGAGGUUAAGGAGAAUACCCCUAAAUACUCGUCGUUUUCCCCUUCUUCAUCUUUACACCGCCUUUCACGCACUUCCUUCCUCUAGGGUUCUCUCCAUUGAAUUCCUCCAUUUCCCUCUCUCUCCUCAUUGAGAAGAGAUUGAUUAGAGAUUUCAGACGAUGCCAACGUUAUCAGCUAUACAAUUAGAUCGAUAUCUGGAGUCCAAUACGACGUCGUCAAAUCUUAACAACAACAAUAAGAAGAUUCCAGAUGUAGUUUCUUCAUCUCCGAAUCUCGAUAGGCGUAAUACGGCGUCGUAUGAUCUUAAAUCUUCUUAUUCUAGAGGGAAAGACAUACCUCCACCACACCCUCAGCUACGUCGAGGGAAUUCUACGUCAUCAUCUUCAGCGAGGGUGCAUAUUCAUCCGGCGCUCUACACCACACCGGAACCUACUCCUAUCCCUGAUUCACCAACAUCUUCGUUUCCUCCUUCUUCUCCUUACCUUAUUAACCACAAGCGUAGAGGCCCACGUCUUCUUAAGAGUCUUUCAGACCAGAAUGUGGCGGCGGCUGUGGCGGAGAGUGAUGGACAUAAGAGGAGUUUGUCGGAGGAGAACGUGGCAGGCGAGAGAGGUGAGGAGGUGGUUGAUAUGAAGUCAAACGACGAGGUUUUGAGGAAUGAGAUUGAGAUUGAGGAAGCUGGUGUUGUUAAUGGUGAGGGUAUGAGAGAGAAUGGUGAGAGUGAGGAUUUCUAUGAUCCACAGGAAUCUUUGAGUUUUUCAAGUGCUGUUGACAGCGAGGAAUUUGGCGGAGAUAAGUCGGCAUCUGGGAAAGCAAAUACUCCAAUGGGAGAGUUUUUUGAUGCUUGGGAAGAACUCUCCUCUGAUAGUGGCAUACAAGCACAGCGCUCUCUCAACGAUGCUGAGACUGAGUUACGAGAGAUGAGACUGAGCUUGUUAAUGGAGAUUGAAAAGCGAAAGCAAGCAGAAGAAACUCUACAAAGCAUGCAACAACAGUGGCAGAUGCUUCGAGAGAAGCUGGGGGCUGUAGGGUUGAGACUUCCUGCUGAUUUUACUGCUUUAAUUGAGGAUAGCCAAUCUGAUUUUGAUCCCGCGGAUGACAUUUGCCGACAAAUCGAACUGACACGUUUUGUGUCAGAAUCUAUUGGAAGAGGGAUAGCCAAAGCUGAAGCUGAGGCGGAGAUGGAAGCUCAGCUGGAAGUGAAAAGCUUUGAGAUUACGCGUUUGUGUGAUCGAUUGCAUUAUUAUGAGACUAUGAAUCAGGAAAUGUCUCAGAGGAACCAAGAAACCAUUGAGAUUGCUCGGCGUGAAAGACAGAAGAAGAGGAGAAGACAGAAAUGGGUUUGGGGCGCACUUGGCUCUGCAGCCAUAGUGCUUGGCACAGCUUUGGCAUGGUCUUAUCUCCCAAGUGAAAAAGGAUCAUCUUUGAACAAUAAUUCCGAUGCCUCUAAAACUGUUGGUCAUAAAAAAUGAUCAAGUUUGCAGACAAAACUAGAGUUAUACUUUAGGAAAAAUAAUUUGGUGAAGUCUGAUGUUAUUGUGCAUUGUGCAUAACAGCCUUUUAUGCUUUCCCGGGAUGCAUAAGUUUGUGCUAUGCAGGAUGUACAGUUCUAUGAAAUAAUGUACUGUUGUAGCUCAGCCUCUCUUUUAGGGAAAUGCUGCCUCAAAUGAUAAGUUCGGUUAUGAUCGGAUCACCCUGUUCCAGGAACUGGUAUUCUCGUUUGCUUGGUGUUUGGAUAUUUGUAGAGAACUCCAGGAAGUGAUCAUAUUUUUUGCGCCGCAUUGUUAAAAGAUGUAAAAGGGGCAUAAAUUUUGAUAACAUGAAAGUGUAUAUUUUAACGUGGAUCUA